CACGAUGUCCUUCCAUGGGGACAGAGCUGCUCUCAUCACCCACGUUUGGAUUUAGGCCAACGUCUAUGCAGUCUUUGUGGAGAAAUGAUUUGCUGCCAGGCAACACGAUUCCAAUGAAUAUCAAGGUUUUGUUUUCUUUGCAGGGAUUCUGUCCCUCGUCUGCAACUAGAUCCCUGCCAGAUCCCUGCUGCUGGUGGACCAUGUCCCCUCUGAGCAACAGCAGCGGCUCCAGCCACCCAGUGUUCAUGCUAUUAGGAUUCCCUGGGCUAGAGACCCAUCACUACUGGAUCUCCAUCCCAUUCUGUUCCGUCUACCUCAUUGCACUGUUAGGGAACAGCACCAUCCUCUUCGUCAUCAAGACCAACCCCAGCCUUCACGAGCCCAUGUAUGGGUUCCUGUGCAUGUUGGCCAUCACCGACUUGGGCUUGUCCCUCUCCACUUUGCCAACAGUGUUGGACCUCUUCUGGUUCAACAUCAGGGAAAUUGGUUUCAGUGCUUGUGCCAUGCAGCUCUUCUUCAUCCACACCUUCUCCUUCAUGGAGUCUUUGGUGCUCCUGGCCAUGGCUUUCAACUGCUACGUUGCCAUUUGCAUCCCACUGAAAUAUACCCGCAUCUUGACAAAUUUGGUGUUGGUCAAGAUCGGCCUGGCCAUUGCUGCAAGGAGUUCAGGAAUUGUAUUCCCGACGCCAUGGCUACUGAGAAGGUACACAUACUGCAAGAGCAACCUACUUUCCCACUCCUUUUGCUUGCAUCAAGACGUCCUGAAGCUCUCCUGCUCUGAUUCCUCAGUAAACAGCAUGUAUGGCUUGUGCGUCAUCCUCUCCACAUUGGUCAUAGAUGCACUCCUCAUUCUCUUGUCAUACCUGAAGAUAAUCAGAACUGUCACAGCUGUUGCCUCCAGGGAAGAGCAGCUCAAGGCUUUCAACACUUGUGUCUCCCACAUCUGUGUCGUCUUGAUCUUUUUCAUUACCGUGAUUGGGGUGUCUAUGAUGCACACAUUUGGGAAGCAGGUUUCUCCCAUUGCCCAUAUUCUCAUGGCUGAUGUCUACCUCCUCAUCCCACCUGUCCUUAAUCCCAUUGUGUACAGCGUGAAAACCCAACCCAUCCAAAAGGGCAUUCUGAAGACCCUUGGCAAGAGAAGGACCAUCUGCUUAUCAUGA